AUGGGACGAUAUUUGAAUUGCGUUAAGAAAAGAAAAGCGAAUUUGAGAACAUCACAAAUCGAGAAAGCGAAAAACAAAACUAAAGAAGUUGGAUCAGAAAACGGUGCGAUGUAAGUUUUUUGUACUUCUUCUCACUUCCCACGUUGAUUUUGCAGGAACGGCGAGGAAGUUGAAGUCCACGAGGAACUUGUUGAGGAAAAAACAUCAUCCAAAAGAGAGGUAGUAUGAACAUUUUAUUCCUACACUCACCUACAUUUUUCUGCUCAACUAAACCUCCCAUUUUAGCUUAUGGGACAAUUCGCGAAGAAAAAAAAAAUGUCAAAAACGUUUUUCGAAACAAACGCAAAAUACAUUGAAAAUAUCGAAAAACUGAGUUUCGCGACAUUUUGUGAAUUGUAUUUUUUUGUUUCGGAACACGUUUUUUUUUUUCGCGAUGUGUCAAAUUAAAACAAACAAAAUAUCUCAAAUUCGAAUUUUCUCCGCUAGUGCGCUUGAGCGAACUUAUUCAACCGAAAAAUUAUUCAGCUUAAAGGCACACGCAUUUCCUCGUCCGCGAUAUCUUGCAGCGUAGUACUAAUUAUUAUUGCCGCCCUCUUCAUUUCUGUGAUUUUUCUUCGUUCUCAGAAACUAAUUAUUAUUGCCGCCCUAUUCAUUUCUGAGAUUUUUCUUCGUUCUCAGAAACUAAUUAUUAUUGCCGCCCUAUUCAUUUCUGAGAUUUUUCUUCGUUCUCAGAAACUAAUUAUUAUUGCCGCCUUAUUCAUUUCUGAGAUUUUUCUUUGUUCUCACGACAAGUUGGACGAUUAAUCCACACCCGCUCAAACAAUGAAAAAAUUAGCAAAAUGCUGUUCUCAUUGGCGUACCAAUUUUCGAUAACUUACGAGGGAAGUGUGUGACCAGUCCCCGGAGAUUUUCAAAGAGACCUAUGUUUUUUAGGUCAGUUUUUCACGCUGAUAAAGAUAGUGUUUUCAGUUUUUGCUGAACAACUCUCUGAAGAGCCCAAAAAUGAGCCAAAAGUUGAGAAUUUCCUGAAAAUCGCGUUUUUGGGAGCCCAUAACUCAUGUUAGAAAUUAUUUUUAUGGAAAACUGAAUGCAUCACGUUGUUCAGGAGGGUCGAUUUACCAAAGUCACAAGUUUUGACAAAAUUUUCCAAAAAUUUUCAAAUGUGCAAUUCAUGACCUGAGCCUAUUUUCUGAGCCACAAAAUUUUUUUCUGAAAAAGUAUGAACUUACUAAUCAAAAAUUUGUGACUUUGGUAAAUCACAGAUGAAGACACUGUAUUUUUUCCUAAAGAAUCUUGUUUGGACAAAUCCCGGCGACACAUCAAUCCUCGAGAUCUUCGGCUGUAUAAAACUUAUCAAUUCCAGUCGAUUCGGAAGUAAAGAUUAUUGA